AUGCAGCAGCUAUGGGAACAAGGGGGAGCAUGGUUGAAGCCUGGUUACACACCACCAGCACGCAGCUCCCCGCACAAAGCGGCUGCGGGUCAGGACCACCCUUCGUCCUGCGGCCCCCGAGGCACCGAACCACCGGGCACGGACAACCAGGACCUUCAGCCCACGCUGGGACCGUGUAUAUCGAAUGCUAAUGGCGACGUGUAUUUAUGUACGUUCAACAGCUUGAAGUCGUUUGAUGAUCCUGAGCCCAUCUUCAGUGCAUAUCGAUUCUGCGUCCUCGAAAGCCGCUGGGGCGGCAGCCGCAGGCGGGAAGGCACCGGCACUGCCCGGACACUCCGCACCAGCGUGAGCGUGGAAGGACGAGGCCGGGAGUCCUCAGCUCUCGGCUCCGGGCGCCACGGGACGAGUGCUUCAUGCAUUCACCGUGCACCGGGGGCUUUAGAUCAUGUUGUUUUGGGAAAUGAAGAGUGGAAUCCGUGGGAAGGGGACGAGAAAAAUGAACUGGUUGCUUCUCAGCAGAGAUACGAAGCUAAUCUUCAGAUGAUAAAAAACGCAAGAUCUCACCUAGAGCAAACCAGUCUUAGAGUACAGAUUUGGGGCAAAGCAGCAAUUGGUCUUUACCUUUGGGAACAUAUUUUCGGAGGGCACCUUCAGCCACCUGAUGUGACUGCACAGUGGAGAGAAGGAAGCCAAAAAGCUGGAAAAACAUAUUUCAGCUUCAUCACUGGUCCAUCUGUAGUUCCUGGCUACUUCUCAGUUGAAGCUGAAAAUGUUGUGCUAGUUCUGAAUGGAAGAGAAAAAGCAAAGAUCGCUUACGCCACGCAGUGGUUGCAUUACGCACAAACAUUAAUUCAGACGCACAAAAUACAGCAUGUCGUGGUUGUGCUGCUUGGAAAUGAGCAGUGCAACAAUGAAUGGAUUCAACCAUACCUGAAAAGGCAUGGAGGAUUUGUAAAUCUACUCUUUGUUACUUACGACUAUGCGUUGGUAAAUGAAGAAGAUAUUUUCCAGUGGCCUUUAGGAGUAGCUACCUACAGGAAUUUUCCAGUUGUAGAACCCAGCUGGUCAAUGCUACAUGAUCCAAGAUCAUAUCUAUGUAAUUUCUUAGGAACAGUUUAUAAGAACUCCUCCAGGGAAACCCUAAUGGAAAUUCUGAAGCAGGAUGGGCUUGACAAACUUUGCUGGAUUGCAGCCAGAGAACAGUGGCAGCCUCAAGAAACAAAUGAAAGUUUCAAAAACUAUCAAGAUGCCUUGCUGCAGAGUGAUUUGACAUUGUGCCCAGUGGGAAUAAAUACAGAAUGCUAUAGAAUUUAUGAAGCUUGUUCUUAUGGAUCUCUGCCUGUUAUAGAAGAUGUAAUGACACCGGGUGAUUGCGGAAAUUCAUCAAUGUACCACAGUGCUCCAUUACAAUUAUUAAAAACCAUGGGAGCUCCAUUUAUCUUUAUUAAAAGCUGGAAAGAGCUUCCUGCUGUUCUAGAGAAAGAAAAAAAAAUGAGCUUACAAGAAAAGAUUCAAAGGAGGAAGAAGCUUAUAGAAUGGUAUCGAAACUUCAAAGCAUGGAUGAGACAGAAAUUCAUUAGUACUUUGGAAAAAUCAUUUUUGCCUAGUGAUAAAGGAUAAGUUAUUCCUUUUGAGUAGAUUGAAAGCUUAAUUUCCAUUAACCUUCCAAGGAAGAUUUACACAAAAGAAAUCUCACAGGGCAGAUGCAUUCCUUUUGAAGUCAACAGAAUUGCACCAGCUUGACCAAGAGCUACGUUUGGCCCUCCAUCCUUAACAAUUUUCAGAGAGGUUGUUGACUUAGCAGCAUGGUAGUCUGCAAGGAUGACAACAAUUUUAUUACUGUUUUUACAAUUUCUGUGUUGGUGUGUGACCUGCUAAAUUUUUUCUUAGGAGAAUAUCUUUGAGCAUGUGAACUUGUUAAAAUCCAACAUGAGUACAACAGUUGUGUUUGAAGAAAAGAGAAGAAUGAAAGCUGUAUGCUACAGGGUAAUUUAUUAUGUAGACUAAAGAAGAAAAGUAUGAUCAUAGCAAGAUUGCCAGGUUUAGCACAAUCAUUAAGAUAUAUCCUGGUAAGUGCUUGUUUUGAAAAUGUGAACUGUUUACUUGAUCGACAUUUCAUUUCCAAGAAGGUGUCCAUGAAGCUAAUUAAACACUGUGGAAUAAAAAUUUGUAUUUCAAGGUAAAAAUAGAGAACUCUUUCUUAGAAAUAUGUCAUAAUAAUAUAUUUCCUCUUUAAUUUCAGAUAUCAAAAUUGCUUUCUUUCCUUUCCCUUUAGUCUUGGGACAUAUUUUUCUGAAGUUCUGCUGUGGGAGCAUUCAUUACUUGCAGUUACAGCUGCAUAUUCUGAACACCGGACCUUAAACACGAAUUUGCUUGUAGCUUAUCUGAUUUCUCAAAAUCUGCUGAAACUUGUCAACUCCA